CAGUUUGCUAAGAUCAUGGAUAAAUCAUACAAUAUAUGUAUGGGAUUGACUGUGUUGGGCACCAUCCAGAUCCUUUCACCAAACCAAACGAACCUCCUUGCCAUCUUCCAAAUCCGAAUUUACAAUUUGCAGAUUUUCCGAUGUUGAUUGCAAUUAGCGAUUCGUUUAUCUGCGGUUUGCUUUUUGCAAUUCCAAUUUUGUUAACGAAGAAGAAGAAGAAGUAAAUCUGAACACAAUGGGAGAACACAAGUCUUCAUCUAAGAAAAACUCUUCCAGAAUGAAGAGGCUCAAAGUUUCCUCUAAGGUAUUUUUUUUCAACUCUCCUUUUCGAUGCUUUCCAUGUAUUGACAUAAUAAUAUUCGUUUCGCUUGCUCAGUAUUAUGUAUAAUUAAUGUUCGUGUGUGGUGUGUUGCUUUAUUUCUAUUUCGUUUUGAAUAUAUGUGUAUAGUUAUGUAUUUUAGGGUUUAUCUUCAUCUUAAACUAAAGUUAUUGAACUUUGUUUUGUAUCAAAUAAAAUCAUUCAACUUAAGGUUUUAAUUUUUAAUCUACUUUAAUUUGCUUUUUAAGGGCUUAUGUUUUUUCUGAUUACUGAAUUAAUUUUGUGAUGUUAUGGAAUAUUUGUUAAUGUCCUUUUGUAAAGAUGCUAAUAGUUCCCUUUUACUGGUGGUGGAAAUAUGGAAGAGAAUUAAAACUGGUUAGUUAUCUGCUAUGUUGCUCGGAUCCUCCUAAAAUGCACUACUUUUUGUGGAUUAAGCACCCGGCAACAUUUUUGAAGUAUCCGAACAACACAAGUUAUAUGUACCCUCCGUUGAACGCAAGUCCAAGCAACAUAUGGUAAUUAGCUGGUUUAACUUUUGGGUCUUUUCAUGUAUGUAUCAUCAGGGGAUUUUUUUUUCGGGAUAAAAAUUAAGAUAGCCGUUCUUUUAGCUAAAAAUUAAAAUGAAACUGUUUUCCAAGAACAAGGGUCAAAAGGUAGUUCAAAAGGCUGGUUGUUUUGGGUACAAUACUUGUAUGAGUUGACAUUACUGAACUGGGAGAAUAUAAGUCCUACUCCUUCCAGUUUGCUUAGAAGGGAUUAUUUUCAUGUAAAUAUUCAUAUACAUAUCUGUAAUAUUGUAAGGCUUCAUGUGAUAUAGCUCAUGAUUGCUCGUGGGAGUGUUAAGUCACAUUGCAUAGUCAUUUGGAUCGCUAUAGUUAGAGUUCCAUGAAUCAUUUAUUGUUCUUUGUAUUUUUUUUGUUUUCUGCUCUAUCCGCAGUACAACCUUAGUGGAGCAAAUCUAGAGUUAUUUAUGAAAAGAAACAAUUACUGCACCUGUUAAUACUUGGUAUCUUUUAGAAGCAACCAUGGAAAAACAGAUAUCUAAGAUCUUUUAUUAAAUAUAUUCUCUUUUGUUUCAAUUUGUAAUUCCUUAACUGACAUCCAGAAUAAAGAGCUAUGAAAGACUCUAUAAUGCUUGAUCGUGCCAACACGCUUUGUACACUCGUUAUUGAAUAUAUUUAAUACCCAAAUAUUCAUGGAGAUGUUUUCAUGAGAAAUUGCAUUAUAUUUUUAAUUAAAAUUAGGCAUACUUUUGUAGAACAAUGUAAGGUUACCUCCUGUUUUCUUAUCAAUACAUUCUCGUCUUGUUGCUGGCAAUUCCACUUUAUUAUCCUUCAUUAUACAUCUUCACGUGUUGUGUGGUUAGAUACACAAGAAAAAAAGCAGAAAAAACAAAUCCAAGAGGUUAUCCAGUUCCAAGGAUGACUUGUCAUCUUCUGCUUCUUUCUAUUAUCCUAGCAGUCCACAGUUUUUGUCCUCUGAUUCAGAGGUUGAUUAUAGUAGGAAAAAACGUAGGCACUCACGUGAUAUGCAACACGUGAAGACAAGAACUUGGAGAAGAUAUUCAAGCCAAUAUGUCAGUGAGAGUUCACCCCUGUAAAGAAAGAAAACUGUCAAAUAGAAAAAGUCUUGAUUAUGGGAGGAAAGUACGAAAGAGACAAUAGUAUUAGCUCCGUAGGUAGAGAUUCUAAGAGCUUUUCCACUUGCCAAGAUGCAACUAAUAGUGGUAAAUAGAAAGCGAUUAUAAUAUUGAGUUUAAUUAAAAUACAUUUUCAUAUACUACUUAAGGUUCCAAAUAUUUAUAGCUUUAACAAAUUAAUCUUGUCGUAAAAUACCUGACGUCUAAAGAUUUUUUUUUAAUAUAUCUAAGUUUUAAAAUUUUUUAAUUUAAUUAGUAAAGUAUUAUUACUGAUUAAAGAGAGAUAAAUAAAAAGGUAAUAUGAACAAGUAUACUUGUGAUUAAAAAUAUUACUAUAAGUACUUUUGCUAAGCGAUGUCCAAAUGAAGUAGGCAUAAUAAAUAAAUAUAUCUUUUAAUUUGUCUUCUAUCUAAGGCGAAUGUAUCUAGUUAUUUAAUUUGUACAAGUUUAAAAGUCUAUUUAUACAUAUUUAAAAGUGAAGGGCAUAAAUAUUUGCUUAACCUACAUUUAAAACACGUUUAUAUAUUAUGCAAUAAAAUACUGAUAGAUCUUUUUUAUACAUUUAAACAACACUAAAAGAUAGGAUUAGGUGGCUUUGAAGUUAAUAAAACAAAAUCUGCGCCACAUGUAAAAAUAAGCCGAUUUUCUACUUUGAUUUUAUGGAAUUUAACACUCACUUCUGUGGGCUUAACUCCAAAUCCUUAAAACCCCUCUAAGCCUUGUACCUUCAUCCAUUCUAUAAGAAGGGUUUCGAUUUGGGGAAAUUGAGGUUGUGUGAAGUGAAAAAUGGGGAGAGUAUUUUUGGUUCAUCCUGAAGGCAAAACAUGGAAUUGCAAAUUCUGCGAUGCCAAACUUGGUCACGUUGGUUCACUUGUUACAAAGGCUUUACGUUGCAGCAGUGGAAGAGCAUACCUGUUCAAUGAAGUGGUAAAUAUAACUUUUGGAGAGGCUGAGGAGAGGACGUUGCUUUCUGGAACGCACACUGUGAUGGAUAUAUUUUGUGUUCGCUGUGGGCAGAUUGUUGGCUGGAAAUAUGUGAAAUCCCAUGAGGAAAGCCAGAAGUACAAGGAAGGGAAAUUUGUCCUUGAAGGGAUCAGGAUCGUUGAGGGUGAAUUUGAUUCUGAAUUCUACAUUGAUACUCGUUCAAGCUCAAGUGAUGAUGAAGAUGGAGAUACAGUGUAAUUGUGGGAGCUUAGUGCACCGAUUUGCAGAUACUUGUAUCUUGUAGACUUAGCAAAAGAAUAGUUGUAUCUUAUCUGGAGAUCUCCUCAAGUUUGUGGAUGUUUAAACUAAGUUGCUGCAGAAGUGUUUUCUAAUCAAUAUGGGUUGACUUAAGUUAAUGAUUUAGUGGUCUUACAUGUU